CUGAAGUUUAAUUAUUGUGAAACCAAAAUAAACCUGACCGAGAUUCUCCUAUUAUUUAUGUUAUUUCACCACAUGAAAUAUGUAGCUCUGUUGCAUAAUCAAAUCAUUAAAGCAAUUAGGAGGUUAAAAGGAUGAAGAAGUGUAGGAUCAGAAAGAGAUGACUGUUAAAGGAAUGGGUGUGAACCACACAUAAGGUCAAGUAUUCAGAUUGGAGUUAGUGCAAUACAUUGAAAAUGCUGUAUGUUUUCCGAAUGGAUGUAGGUCAAAUGAUGACCUUUGAGAUCUCAUUGCUAAUGGAUACUGUUUCCAGGCUGCAAAUAGAAAUAGCCAAGGCAACUGGGAUUCCUGUAGAAAAACAGAUUCUCUUGGUUAGUGGGGGCCACAGUCUCAAGCCAGAUCAGAAAGUCAUGACGUAUGGGGCUGGAGCAGACACGAACCCAGUUUUUCUAUUUAGUAAGUUAGCUAUUGAAAAACAAGAAGCUCCUUUAGUAAGAUCUUUAAGCAUACCUAAAGACUUCCUGAGUUCACUGAAAGAUCACAUAACAGAAGCUAUAAAAUUGCCCCCAAGUUUUGAUACUGUUGAGAAAAGGACAAAAAUAGCAUGUCAAAUACGAGACAAUGCCAACAAGAUGUUGGGGUUCUGUAAUAAUGAAUUCAAGGAACAGCACCUACAAUACCAGGGUUGGGGAACUGUGGUGGCUAACCUAGAGGAAAUAGCACAAGCAAUGCAGAAAACUGAAGGCAAGUUUACUAAAGCAGUGGCAGCAUUUCUCCCCCUGCGAGAAGGAUAUUUCACAAUGCUAGACAACUUUGGUGAGACAUUAGAACUUCUUGACCGCAUCCCACUACUGGCACCUCUCAAACCUGUUGAGCAGGUAGAAAAAAUCCACAGCAAUAGGAGCUCCAUGGAGGGAAGCUUAAGUUACAUAACUUCCAGCACCCACAUUUCCAGGAGUUUGUUGGAUUGGAUUUCAAAUCAGGGUCAAGGCAAAAGUAUUGAUGCCCUUCAGCAUCAGUGUUAUGACGACCUGCUAGUUUUCAACAGUGAAAUGUUUGAAGUCUGUGUCCACCAAAUCCAAGAGCUUCUAACUCUGGUCAAAUGUGAUCCUCACCAAAUGAAGGAACUUGUGGGGAUUGAACGGAGGUUGUCUGAGCUGGAGAAAAGGCUGAACGAGGCUAAAAAAAUCGCAAAAGAACAAACUGAUAUGGCACAGGGUUUCUUGAAUCACCGAGCAAGACUUACCACUACCCAUGACGCAGCAACCAUCUUACCUGAGCUGUGCAACAGCCACAAACAGCAGCUCAUGCAGAUGCUGGACAGGCAGCAGAGACUGGAGGCUUUACAGACCAAUUUCCGCAAAUCUAAGCAGGAGAUGUCGACCAAUAUCCACCAGAGACUAGGCUGGGUGAUGCACAUUGAGACUCAGAUCUCUAAACUAGACAGUGAUCUCAUAUUUCACAUGAAGACUCUGAGAAUUCUGGACUGCAACUUGCAGCUGCUGAACCAGAUCAAGGCCUGCCCCCAGGUGUAUGCUAACAUGGUGGUAGAAGCAGCUAGGAGGAAAAUAUUCUCCAAAAAAUUUGCACAGUGGGCUGGAACUUUAGUAGAAGAUUCAAGCCAGUUGUACAAGGUCGAGACAGAGAGAAGGAAACAGUUUGCCAAGAUGUUAGGUGAACAUUUCUUGUUGGAUACCUUAUUCAAAGGUUUUGAGGAUAUGCCACCAAGCUUUGCAAACAAACCACCUCCGUGUUUUGAUGAAGCAGUACCUGACAUCACAGUGGAAGACAUCGCACUGUUAAAAACUGCUGUCCCUGAGCUUGAGGAGUCACUCAAUUUAUCCCUAGAUUCCAGCACAUUCCCACUUUCUUUGCUCAGCAAAGGGAUCACAGAGUCCUCGUCUCACAUAGUGUUGCCUCAUUCCCAGUCUUCUCAGACCGAGUGGUCAGCACAUGUUGAAGAAACCACCAAUGUUCCCUGUGUAGUGACAGCCACCAAAAACCCACCGUUCAAGUUUACCAUCCCAGAGUCCAAUGACUCCGUCGACUACCAGCCAGCCUUGUCCAGCCUCACUGAAGUCCGAGACACCCUGUCACCAAAAACCACAGACCACGAGCCAGCCAUGUUGACCAAGGAAUCCCCCUCAAUCAUCUCAUCAGCUAAUGUGACAGACUCAAGCUCCACUGACCUGCCGUUGAAAAUGCAAACAAAAAUGAGCUCAGAUUCCACAUCUCCCAUAUCAUCCAAUGAAUUUGCAACAGCUGAUUUUUAUUUUGAAGAUUCCAUGCCCUCCCCCAUGGCGGAUUCACCCCUGGGGAAGAAGGAAAAGAAAAAAGAAGAAGGAUGUAAAUCUGAGACCGACAUGCUGGCUUCGUUAAACGCUGAACUUGCUGAGAAGUCAAACUUGAUUCUGGAAUUAGAACAGAAAUUGAGAGACAGAGAGAACAUGCUCUCAGAGAUUGAGAGGGUCUCAAAUCAGAAAGAAGGGAGCUCUGAUGGCUCAUCCACUAUCGUGGCCCCGUCAGAGCUCCCCGACCAGACUGACUCAACCCCCAAUGUCAGCGCUAUUCAGAGCUGUGAAGAAACUACUCAGAGCUCACAAACGUCUAGUCAGAGUUCAGAACUGCUUCAGAAGCUGGAGUUGGAGCUGGAGACGGCAAAAAGUGACCUGGCCAAAGUCAGUGCCCUGCUGUCCGAGGCGGAGAGUAGAAAAGCUGAUGUCCAGCAGCAGUGUGACACUACAGUGGCUGAGAAGAGCUCACUGGUUGACCAGCUGGAGGACCAGGUCAGGAAGAUGAGGGAAGAGCUUGAGCAAGCCAGCAGCAAUGCACAAUGUGUUGAGCAGACAAAGAAAGAGCUGGAGAAAGCUCUGAGUGAUUCUAGUGUGAAAUGUUUGCUUCUGGAGAACGAAGUCAGAGAAGGGGGGACAAUUCUACUUGGGAUAAAAAACAAACUUAAAGAAUGUCGUGAUAAACUCAAGAUUGAUAUCCCUUCAUUGAAGGAAAAUCUUCAAGAACUGAGGGGGGCAGUUUUAGACAACAAAACAGAGAUGAACUCAGCUGUGGCCACAGUUAUGGACUCGGUGGAAAAAGAAGUCUCACUUUUUAAUUCGGCCAUCUUGGCUGCAGCGUGUGCAGAGUUCAACAAGGAAAGGAUAACUCUGAGGGAAGAAAUUCAACGUCUGCAGGAUAAUGCAGAAAAAUCUGUCACAGAAUCAACCGAGAAACUCAGCCAUCUAGAGAGCCAGAAACAAGAGCUGGCUGUAGAGAUGGAUUUAAAGCAACAGCACUUUGACAAGAAGUAUGAGGAACUCAAACGAGAUUUUGAGGCGGAGCUUAAAGAUAUUCAGACUAAGCAUAUCUUGGAAACGGAGUUGGAGGUGGAUAAAUGCAGGGCGGAGGUGAGAGAAAACAUCGAGGAGGCUGAGAGGAAUGUGGAACAGUUCAAGAUCAGAUACAACGAGCUGGCCAGUAAUUUUGAAGAAUUGAAAACAGCUUCUGAAAGGGGGAGAGAAGAACUGAUCCAGAGUUAUAAAGAACAAAUAGAAGAAAAGGAGAGAGUGCACAAGUGUGAGAGAGAAGAUUUGACACAGAAGUUUAAAGCUGAGCUUGAGGAAAAAAUCAGUGAACAUAUCAAACAGACUACUGAAUUGGAGGCCAAGCUACAAGCCAUUCAAGACAGCCUUAAAGAAAAAAGUGAACUUGCAUUGGCUCAGAUGAAGGAGCUGUUGACCAAUGAACACACGCUGGUUUUGACAGAGGUCAAAGGGCAAGCAGAAGAGCAGAGGGCACAGCUUACACAGCUCCUGGAGCAGAAACAACUUGAGCAUGCAGAAAAACUAACACUGUUGAAAACACAUUUUGACAUGGAGCGUGAGAGCCUAGUGAGGGAAAUCAACCGGUACAAAAACUGUGAGAAGUCGGACAUCGCCACACAGCUGGACUAUGACCUGCUAGUGGAGCUACAGACACACUCAGGGACCCAGACAGAGCUGGAGGCAGUGUCAGAAACCUUAACUCAUUCAGAGACACAAACUGGGAUAGAGCUGCUGGCUGAGGUUAUCUCCCUCACAAGCAGUGCUAGCUAUGGCAGUGAAGAGAUGAUUGCACACAAGAUUCCAGCCUUGUGCCCUGAUGAGAAAGACAGAGAUUCCCUGGAAGUUAACAAGGCCCUGCCAGGUGUUGAAGAUCUCAACAUACAGUUAGCCAAAGCUCAAGAAAAGAUUUCAGCUUUGGAUAAAGAGGUUUCAAGUCUGAGGAAAGAGAACCAGGAAGUGACCAGCAAGAUGGAUCAGAUGGAGGAGGAGAAGAGGCUGAUGUUCUUUAGUGAAGGCAAGUUGACAGAGAGCCAGAUGCUUGGUGUAGAGCACCCUCGCUACCAAGACUUUAUGCAAACAUCAAAUACAGCUGCAAGCAUUAUGGUGAUGGAAAGAGAAUUGUCUUUUGAAACUAACACAGUGGAAUCAGAUGUGGUGAAGGCUAAAGACCAAAAAAUUGCACUGCUUGAGAAAAAGCUGAUGGAAAUGUCCAUGACAACUAAAGAAACUAAAGACAAGGAAAUGGCCAGUGAUAACAAAGUUUCAAUAAGAGGAUGUGAUAAAGGUGACCUGGUGUUGCUGUGUCUAGAUGAAAGACAUGACCAGUAUGUUGUGUUCACUGUUGGUACAAAUCUACACUUCCUACAUAGUGAGUCUUUAGAGGGCCUUGGUCUCAGAACAGGUACAGAUAUGGCCUGUAGAAAAUCCUGGAUUCUUGCUGAAGUUGUGGACAAAGAGUACUGCUUGGCUAAAAAGCCAAACAACAGAUUCAGAGUUCCACAAGGGACAUGUUUUUAUAGGGUGAAGUGUAAGCCUUGGAAAAGUGAAAUUGAGUUGUUAAAGCAGGAUAAAGAUAUAACAAGACAGGUGAAAAGUGUCAAGCAUGACCCAGCCAGUGGCACACGGCCAAAGAAAGAUAAAAAACAGCCUUAAUUUUUUUUUCAAUAAGUAGAUAGAACUGACCUCAUUUUGAUAAUACCUUCCUGUGAAUUAAAUUCAAACAUUCUGUUUGAUUAAAAAUUAUUUUAAAAUUGUAUUUUUAAUAAAUUUGCCAUUUAUAAAACUGAUUUCAAAUUGACUAAAUACUUUUUUUUUCCCCGUAUGUUUUCUAAGUAAAACAAAAUGUUGACAAGUUCAUGUUUUUAUUCUAAUACAUGAGAACUUGAAGCUAUUAAUGUGCAACUUUUAAACAAGUUUAUAUGCCUUGGCUUUGAGUAGUGCUUUUAAUAUAAUAAUCAUGAAUAGUUUCAGCUGUGAUGCUUUCAUAUUAGCCUCCACAAGUUGAGAGUAUCAAUUUAAGGGUCUGCGAUAAUUGCCUGAAAGCCAAUUUCCCACAGGCUCGUUGCUGAAAAUGGCAAUAAUCCAUAAUAUUGAUUAAUAAUCAAUUAAUUUUUACGCAGAUGGAUUUUUUUAAUCUAUUUAAAAAAAAAAAAUAACAAACAUGUUCACUCACAAUAGCAUACCAUUAUUUAAAUAAAAAAAGCCCCAUUAUUACUUUGAAAGUAUUUUUCAAUAGCUUACAGAAAUGAAAAAUAAAAUAAAUUUUAGUUUACAAGAUUCAGUUGAAUCCAAACUUGAGCUUAGAAGAGUAAAUGUGGACAAAGAGCUUUUGAGGCAAAUAGCAUUCUGGCAAAUGUUCAGCACCCCUUUGUAGGUGUGAGUUCAUUGUAAAUUUCAUACUGUUUACAUAUGUAAAUACUCAUUCAGUGAACUAUUUUUAGAGCAAGGGAAUUACACAUUAAAUGAUACUUAAUGCUUGAAAUGCACACAACUAUUAUUUUAAGUGUUAAUUUUUUUUUGCUCUUCUCACUUUCUUGUUUUUUUAAAAAAAGCAUUAAGUCAAUGUGUAAGUUGUUUUACACCAGUUAAUGUUUUGGUGAUAAAAUUUUUAAACUGGUAAUUAUUGCUUUGAAUAAUUAGUUUGAGAUACUGUACGAUAUUUAAGAGUACAUUUUCCCCCAAAGUCAUACAAUUUAAAUUCUGAAAGUAUUCAAAUAUUCUUUAACUGGUGCACUCACAAUUUAUUUGGAGAGGUGUUUGUACCCAAGUUAUUAAUUACUUCAGCAGCUUUCUAGGCUGAAAAUGAAAACAAGAAAAUAUUUCUUUGAUUAUUUUUAAUGAAUGGGAGUUAAUCUUUGAUAAAUGUCACAAUAUGCAAUGAUGUGGAGGUCAGCAAACUUUUAUUUAAAAUGUGGAUGUACAUACAUGUAACAUUAAAAUUAGUAAUUUCAAAUAA